AUGUCUGCCCAGUACUAUCCCAACUAUCCUCCGCCGCCGCAGUCGCCGCCCGCGAACCAGACCAAGUUCUCCUACCCUGCUCCUCCCUCACAACCUCAGCACGGCCAUAGUGGAAGCUACCCUCCGCCACCUCAGCCCUCAACGGGGCAGUCGCAGAACUAUCCGCCUCCGCCUCAAGCUUCGCAGGCGCAGAACUAUCAUCCUCCCCCUCCCCAGUCGAGCACGCCUCAGAACUACCCACCGCCUCCCCAGCCUUCGACCGGACAGAACGCAAGCUACCCUCCUCCCCAACAGGCAUCUCCGAGCCAGGGGAGGGCGUAUCCGCCACCUCCUCAGGCUACCACGUCGCCUGCGUCUUUCUCAGGGACAAACUCAACAACAACAGUACCAGCCGCCUCCUCAGCAGUCACCAGAGCCGUCCCCCAGCACCAGCAAUACCAACAGACACAGCUUCCUUUGCGACAAUCGGGAACCCCUGACUCACAACCCCAAUUCUCUCCUCCGCCUCCCAACUUCGACGGUCCACCAGAGGCCUCCAGCCUGCCGGAGAAACAGUAUGUCGAGGAAACGCCAGUCGACACGAGUAACCCCUCCAACCUCGUGGGUGGCGCGCCCCCCACGACACAUUUUAUAGGGGCCACGGCAACCGUCGACGACGUUGGCACCUUCAAUGGCGGGAGCUACCGCAUCAGUCACCGAGACAACAACACCAUCCUCACAAUCCAGUUGGCCAUGGGGUGUCCGUUGCAGGCGAAGCCGGGUGUCAUGGUAGCGAUGUCGCACUCGAUCACGCUCAGGGGUCAAAUCAAGUUCAGCAUGAAGAAGCUUGUGGCCGGUGCAGAGCUGGCCAGUUCUACCUUUGUUGGGCCCGGCGAACUUAUCCUGGCCCCGCCCAUGCUCGGCGACAUCACCAGUCUGCGUCUUACAGGCAAGGAGACGUGGUCCGUCGGGCAUGACGCGUACCUGGCUUCCACUCAGGGUGUCGUCAAAGACUAUAAGCGCCAAGGUCUCAGCAAGGCCAUUUUCAGUGGGGAGGGGUUGUACGUGUACAAAAUUAGCGGCACCGGCUUGCUCUGGCUUACCAGUUUUGGUGCCAUCAUCCGGAAAGACCUCAUGGACGGCGAGAAAUACGUCGUUGACAACGGCCAUUUGGUGGCAUGGAACGUCAAAUACAUUAUGGAGCGAGUCGCUUCUGGAGGUUUCAUCUCUGGCCUUUCGUCAGGCGAGGGCCUGGUUUGCAAGUUCACAGGCCCCGGAACUGUCUUCAUGCAGACAAGAAAUGCGAAAGCCUUCAGCGCCUAUCUUACUGGACAGACAAAUCAGACCGUGUAA